UAUAAGGAGAGAGAAAGUAAAGAAAAAGAAAAAGAAAAAAAUGGUAGCCAAAAGAAAAGAAAAGAAAAGGGGGUGUUGUACUGCAUUAUACACUCCAAAACCACGAGUCACGACCAUCUUCUGCUCCUCAAACAAACAAAAAAAAACUUUCUUGAACCUUCAACACCAUUAAAGCUAAUAUAAUUUGCCAUCAACCACCAUCAUACACCAACCGUGAAACAUCAAUCUUCAAUAGUUCUCAAUUUUUGUGGGUUUUUCAAAGAGGAUAAAUUAUUCUUGAACUUGCGGUUUUAAUUUUGGGUCGUGAAUCGGAUUGAAGUGGAGAUUUCGGGUUCUUUUAUAGUGUAAUUUCGCUCUCAUUACUUCCCCUAAUCACGCAUCCAUCUUCAACAUCUCCGGUUUUGUGGGUAUUUCAAAGAGGAAAAAAAAAUCGGAUUUAUAGGCUUGGGUUUUCGGUCGAAAAUCGAAUCAAAGUAGAGAUUUUUGGGUCUGUUAUUGUGCAAUUUUAUCUUCUCGAUUCAAAUCACGGGUUUGUAGAGGAAUCUUUUUGACUUAAGAUUGAGGUUUGUUAACUGUGGUUGCUGAUAAGGGACUUGAAGAUAGUUAGCUCCAGUUGGGUUAAAGAGUGCGUUGGAUCUCUUUCAAUUUAAUAAGACUCUAAAAAGACUUCUGUUGUUAUCUAUUUAACUAUAAGAUUUAUGUUCUGGUUUGUAAUAAUUAUUUUACAUUCUAUUUAGUUGGUGUGUAAUAAUUAGUUAAAACUUAUUGGUUAUUGUUUUAGUUAGAACCAUUAGCCUUGCGGUUAUUAUUAACAAUUAUCGCGGCGUAGCACCUUUGGAUGUUCGAGCUUAUUUAUAUUAAGUUGAUUUUAGAAGUAUUGGAAAUUCAGGGUUGUUACAGUUGGUAUCAGAGCUUUAGGUUAUUAAGAUUCUUUUACGACGACUUUAAACAAGAGUAGGUAAAUAAACUUAUUAAAAUUGAAAAGCCGUUGUGAGGAAGUGUUAUGGGAAGGCAAGGAAUUAUACUAUUAUGAGUUGAUGAUAUAUACUUCUCUUUUCAUGUUCUUGCUUGAUUUAUUUAUAUUUAUUUUCUUUCCCUUCUUUUGUUAAGAAUUAUUUGGUAAAGGUGUAUCAUUUUUGGUUUAUCUUUGUUUCUAUUGUGCUUUUAAGAUGAUGCGUAGACACGCGCGUGCCAAAAACUCAAGCUCGAAUCGUAUGAUGCGCGAGAUAACUCAAUCCACUCGAGCCUUAACUGAUGCUAUGGAGAAACUUGCUGAGGCUCAAGCUGUUGCUCUUAAUACUCCUGUUACUCCUGCUGCUGGCAAUGGUAGUUCAAAAACUACUGUGAUUUCUCAAACAAUUGACCAGAAGAAACCUUCUUCUUUUGAUGGUAAGGGUGACCCUACCAAGAUGGAGAACUGGAUUAGAGAAUUUGACAAAAAUUUUACCAUUCUCCAAGUCCCGAAUAAGAUGAGGGUUGAUUUUGCUGCCUAUUAUCUAGUUGAGGAUGCUGAUAUUUGGUGGAUUCACAACAAGUUUGAUCUGACUACUAGGGUGAUUAUGGAUGAGGAAGGAGAAGAGCUCAUGGAAGAGAGAGAGUCAUGGAAGAGGACGAAAUUUAAUGAUCUUGUACAGGGAGAUAUGACCGUUCAUGAGUUCUAUGUGAAAUUUCAAGAGUUGGCUCGUUUUGCUAAGGGGUUAGUUCCUGAUGAACAGGAGAGAGAGGUGAAAUUCGAGGAGAAGUUAGACCCCGAUCUUCAUUCUAGGAUGGGAGCUGGUGAGUAUACUACAGUGAAGGAGGUGUACACUCGUGCUUGUAAUGCUGAGAGGAUUGAGGAAAAGAGAGUAGCUGCAAAGAAGUUGAAAUCCACUCCAGCAGGGUCUAUUCAGGCAACAGAAAAGGUUGAUACAUCUGGUUCCACUGAUUACAACAAAGGUAGAGGGGGUCUCGAUAAAAAUCAAAACUUUGGGAACCGUGAUUCUGGUGGUAACUAUAACAAGGGAGGUUCCAUUCAGCAUGAGAACCACCCUGGCAAGGAUUGUGAUGGUAAUUUGGUGGAGUGUAAUCACUAUGAGAGGAAAGGGCAUCAUACUUAUGAAUGUUUUAGUAAUCAUAGAUCGAGGAACUUCAUGCCUGAGAUGAGUUCGAGGAAUGGGGCACAAGCAGAUACGAGACCCCAGAAUGGUAACAACAGUCGUCUUGCUCUUUCUACACCAGGGAACGCUGCACCUAAUCACAAUGGAGGGACUGCAAAUGCUACUCAGACACAUAAAGGUGAUACGAGGAGGAACACUGGAUAG